AUGCCUCACCGCUGCCCCCCUCCCUGGGCCCUCUGGGGUCUCCUGGCCUCGGUGCUGCUGAUUGAAGUGGCCCUCAGCCUGGACUGCUACAGCCAUGAGGGCACCUAUGUACAAGCCUUGGUCCAGCCCAAUGUGACCCGGGUGACCUGUGGGCCGGCCCACAAUGUGUGCAUGGAGCAGAUGCUGGCCAUGACCAUCGUGGGGGGGCAGACGGCCGUGCUGCUGUGGGCAGGAUGCAAGUCUGAUCAUCACAUCGACCUGCAGAGCCGCGGCUACGGGAUGUUGCCUUUCGUCUCCUCCGGGGUCCACGUCUGCAUUUCUGACCUGUGCAAUGAUCAGUUCCUCAACAGCAGCCUCCCCCUCAAUGUCCCCCCAGAGGCCGCUGCUAAUGCCACUGAUGUCCUGCGGUGCUACAGCUGUCUAGGCCUGACCCCCGAGAGCUGCUCGGGGGAGAACAUGGAUGUGGUCCCGUGCCCCCCAAAUUUCCCCCGGUGUGCCAUCGGGAUGGCCAGCGCCACCAUCGACGUGAACUACACAGCCUCCUUCUUCUACCGCUCCUGCCAGGACAGCAGCAGCGUUCGGAGUAGUAGCAGCAUCCGGACCGCAUCCAACACCACCCAGGAGACCAUCACCUGCACUGUCACAGCUGGCUGCCGCAAGAGCCUCUGCAAUGACGGGCCCCAUGAGCUCCCCACCCCACCGCCCACAGCCCCACACCCCAGCCUAGGGGACUGGCACCCCGAGGGGGCCUAGGCCACCUGGGGCAGGGGGUCCCAAUGCCCCCCGGGUGAGGAGUGCGGAAGAAUUCCAUCCCAGUCUCUUCCCAGUCUUUGCUAUUAGUUUUUUUUUCCCCCUUUGUCAUUGUCUCCUCACCUAUCUGUCAAUAGUUGCCCCAGGUUAUGGCUAUGUGACCUCAAGCAGGUACAGGGGAUGGUGAACCCAGUCUCUAUUGUUGUAAGCACUGACCUCGUGGCAUGGGGGCAGGGGCUUGAGCCAUGUCACACCCUUAGGUGACCAUGAUGCUUUUUAUAUUGGUUGGUUAGCAUCAAACAACACCUACCUUUUAUUGGGUCUUGAAGAUGAGGUUAAAAAAGCUAUUUAAGGGUCUUUCCAUCUUGGGGGAAGAAGAGAGGCAUCUUGAAACUCAGAGACACAAUGCACUGCCUGUGUCCAGAGGAAACUCAAUCAGCCUCUGAAUGAUCCUUGUGAGUAACUUACCUGAAACUUAUCUAGAAAUAUAGCUUACUAUAAUGUAGAAGCAUAACAGAGAGCUACCAAGCUGUACUGUUUGCUCUGGGUUCUUUGACACUUCUAUAACCUGUACCCUUCCCAAGCCUAUCCUCUUUAACCAAUAAAGCU